UGUUCUUUUCUGUGGUAUUAGUUUGUUAGCACUUAGCCACUUAGCAGUGCAGUCAAGCAUAUAUGCAGUCAACUAAAGAAGUACCUUUAAUUAACUGGCACGGACACUUGAUUCAUAUUCGUGACCGAAUUUAACUAACUUAACUGUGCUUGAUGGUUGUUGAGAAACUCUGAAAUGAAUGAUGGCCCUUGACUGAACUGGAUUUUUUUGAACAAAUAUUGAUAGUACAAAUAGAAUGUAAAGACAUUUGAAAAUUUCAAUUCUGAUAUUUUUCUCAACUUGUUCACUUAGGAGAUUUGUGUUACUAUCAGGUGUCAAAGGCAUGGUAUUACAAGUUCUUAUACUACAGUAAAGAAAAUCCGAGAAAAUCCAAUCAUGGAAUCUCCAAGCAAAUCAUGUAAUGUUGAUACUGAGUUCACUCCAAGGGAUUAUCAGAUUGAACUGUUCCAAGCAGCGUUGGAUGAAAACAUAAUUGUUUACCUACCAACUGGUUCAGGAAAGACAUUCAUUGCAGCCCUUCUGAUCAAAGAAAAAUCUCAUGAAGUCACAAAGCCGUUGGAUUCAGGAGGGAAAAGGACAGUUUUCCUUGUACCCACCGUUGUGUUGGCUAUUCAACAGGCCGCCUACUUGCGACGCCACACCUAUUUGAAAGUUAAAGAGUUCUACGGGAGUAUGGGAGUUGACAUCUGGGAAAAAGACAGGUGGAACAUUGAAUUUGAUUCCAACCAUGUCCUGGUGAUGACUGCUCAAAUAUUUGUGGACAUCUUGAACCAUGCCUUUUUCUCACCUCACCAGCUCAAUUUACUGGUCUUCGACGAGUGUCAUGCUGCUGUUAAGGAUGCACCGAUGAAGCAAGUUCUUUCAAAACUGAAAAGCUGUGAAGUUUCCCAACGUCCCAAAAUUCUGGGAUUGACUGCAGCUCUGUUUAGGAUGAGAUGCAAACCGGAGAAGGUGCCUGAUCUAAUCCAGCAACUCUCCGAAACAAUGGGAUGCGUCGUCAGGAUUCCCUCUGACGUAGAAACUGUCGCCCGCUCUUCCACCAAACCGUGCGAAACCAUCUUACAGUAUGAAGACAAAAAUUCCAAUCCGAAUCCAGAUGCGGAAGAAUUAAGUCGGAUUAUUUUUGUAAUGGUGUCUUCCCUUAUGCAGCAACUUGAACAACAGUACGGCGAAGGCAAUUCUAAAGAUGGACCCGAUGUUAACAAGCAGCCUGACAAAAUCGAUGUGUUGUUUGAUGCACUGAACGACAUAGACUAUCUUCUGAGCACAAUAGGACCGUACGGGGCUUUUCAUUGUGCCCAUGUCUACAUUCGCAUUUUGGAGCGUACCAAGAGUCGAGCCAAGACCGCCCAAUUUCUGACAGACCUAAUCAGAGUUUCUGCUCUCUGCCAGGAAGUUCGGGAAGUUUGCACUCCUUAUUUCGCCAAGUAUUCACCGGUGGACCGACUUUUGCUCUUUGUUCAGCCGAGAGUGAUUCGUUUAUUAGAAAUAUUACGAAAUUUUAGUCCUAAUCAAAGCUCAGAUGAAUUAAAAAAUGCAACCUUCAAGAUGUGUGCCAUCGUUUUCGUCGAGCGACGUUCUAUGGCUAAUGUACUUUAUCACUUCCUAAAGGAUAUCGCGAAACAUGACACAACGUUAGAAUUUUUGAAGCCAUUGUUUACGAUGGGCAAGGCAGCAGGUCGAAACUCAUCCCUGAAAGAAACUCAAAUUCUCAACAUGAAACAAAACGAGAUUAUGCAUUAUUUUCGUGAAGGUCUCUGCAACUUGCUAGUGGCCACUUCUGUCCUGGAAGAAGGCAUUGAUAUUCCUGAUUGCAAUUUAAUCAUUAGAUUUGAUAGAAUCAAAACUUACUGUGAUUAUGUUCAGACCAAAGGUCGGGCUAGAUCGAAGAAAGCCUUCUAUUGCAUAUUAGUGAGUCGUGGUGAGACGGAAAGCUGCCUGGCGGAUUUGGCCCAAUUCCACAGCAUUGAGCAGCAGCUUUUGUCCACUGGAAACUUUGAAGACGAACGAGAUAAUGCCAUAGACAACUUGUUUAGUCAAAUCAUCCCACCGUAUGUUCCAUUUGGAGAGGAUGGGCCUCGAAUUACCUUACCAAGCAGCAUAUCACUCAUCAACAGGUACUGUGGUCAACUCUCUUCCGAUCCGGAUGUUAGUUUGGCUCCACAACUGACUACCAAGAAAGUUGCAGAAAGCGACGUUGAUCCCAUCCAGCUACAGAAAAUCAAGGACAUAUUAAAGAAAUUACCGACUGAUGCUUCCAAAUAUUCAUCGAUCAACAAUUUAUUUCAAUGCCAUCUCUUUCUUCCGUUGAACUCUCCCUUGAGAGAUGAGGUCAUUGGAGAUGUUAUGCCCACAAAACGUCUAGCCAAACGAGCAGUUGCUUUAAAAGCAUCCAUCAAGCUCCACGAAAUGAAAGAGCUCGACGACAAUCACCUUUUCCCAGUGCCACGACUAAAUGUGAUCGACGACGAGUCGUCAACUGAAGAUGAAGAAAAUUCUGCAGCUCCUCAGCUCAAUAAGGAAAACAUCGCAGUAUACAACCGACGUCUGCCUGGCUGUUUUUCCAAUUGCCGCCCUCUUCCUGGACAGCCGUGCUUCGUCUAUGCGAUUGACUUUACGUUGAUGAAGCCUUGCCUAGACAUCACGAAACUGUAUUUCCCAUUCGCCGUCGACACGAAACUGGCCAUUUUGACGUCCAAAGUCAUCCCUGCCAUUUGCCCAUUUCCUGUGGUAACCCGAGCCGGUGAAUUUCAAGUCAACUUGUGCGGAGCUGAUUCAGUUAUCCUUGACCAGAGUCAGCUGGGAAAACUGGAAAGAUUUCAUCAAUUCGUUUUCCAGGAUGUUCUCUUUUUGUGGAAGCGACAGCUCGUUUUUGACGUGCUGGCCUCUGACUUGCAGUACCUGGUGGUCCCUCUGCAAACGGCAAACGACAAGAUCGACUUUGCCCUCGUUGAAAAUAUGAUCAACGCACCAGCAAUUAAUUGGGAGAAACCGCCCUACACUGGAGAUAAUUUUAUCUUUGAUUCAAGCCGGCUCAUCGAUUCGGUUAUCGUCCCGUCUUAUAAACCGCUGGGCACUCUGAACUCUUUUUACGUGGACCGUGUUUCAGAUUUGACACCCCUCACUCCAUUUCCCAACAAAGAGUUUGAAACGUACGCAUCUUAUUUCCAGCUCAAGUACAAACUCACGUUGACUAAUCUGCAGCAGCAGCUUCUUCAAGUCAGUCGUGAAAUAUCUGGCAAAAAUUUCCUCGUCAACAGAGCUGCUUCGACAAGAGAAGAAACGCCAAUGCAUCUAGUGGCCGAGUUGUGUCAUGUUCAUCCGCUGGCCGGAUCCAUUUGGAAACAGGUAGUCUGGCUCCCUUGCAUUCUCCACCGUCUUGAUCGCAUGUUGGUGGCUGAAGAACUCCGUGUCCUUGUCUACAAGGAAGCCAACAUUGGAAUUGAAUUCUUACCCGGAUCCGUCAACGUUUCUUCCGUUUGGUGCCCUUUGCGACUUCGACCCCAAAAGUCUCGUGCCGAAAGCCGCUGUGUUGCAGACCCCACACUUUUGGCCAGCACUUUGAAACCUUCCGCCUUCAUGGAUUACUUGGAUCUCGACGUCAAUAUGAUGUGGAGUUUUGAGUAUGAUGAAUCGGAAAAAGAUCUCAGUCCAAACCAGUCUUCCAUCGAACAAACCCCGGCCGAAACAUUCAUCGCUACAUCCUCACCGAAGAAACCAAGUGAGUUGAGUUUGCCCAAUCCUGGCAGCUAUUCUGCAUUCCGUGAAUUUCCAGAUUCCAUUGACGAGCAAAGGAACAAAUGGACUGAUCUGGCUAAUGGGAAUCCGUCGGAUGACCUACCAACUUGUCCACCGGAAACUUUUAAUCUGAAAUUCGAUUCCGGGAACUCCGGAAUGCUCUCCAAAUUUGGCCCUUCGCCCGGAAUGAUAUUAGAAGCCCUCACUCUUGCCAAGACGCACGAAGGAUUCGACAUGGAACGUUCGGAAACGAUUGGCGACUCCAUUUUAAAGUUGGUCAUAUCCAUUUAUGUGUACGGAGAAACGGGUAGUGACCGCUGCGACGAAGGCAGGCUCAGCCUCAUGCGGAUGCGCCAGAUCAACAACAAACAUCUCUUCAAGUUGGGCGCCAAAAAGGACAUUGGGGAAUUCACCGUCGCUCAAAGAUUCGAACUAAUGGCGAAUUUCCUCCCUCCUGGAUUCAAAACGCCGACGGAUCCUGACACUGACAUCAAUGCUCAUGUCCAGCAAUAUGUCCUGAUGAAGAAUGUGGCAGAUUGCAUGGAGGCUUUGAUUGGUGUUUAUCUGACCACAACUGGAAUCAAGGGCGCCAUCAAACUCAUGGACUGGAUGGGAUUGAAAACUCUUCCUCGACUCGAGAUCGCCACCUUCAACGAAAUGAAUGGAUUCCCGAUACUCCCGUCAACGUUUGGAUCAUCCACUUUAAACGAUACUCAACUCAAAGAUCAAGAAGAGGCUCUAUCGCAGCUCUUUGCCGGAUUAGAAUCAUUUGAAAAGCGACUCCGCUAUACUUUCAAGAACAAAGCUUUGUUGAUUGAAGCUUUAACUCACGCCUCCUACAUUCCCAACCGGAUCACCAAUUGUUACCAGAGGCUGGAAUUCCUCGGUGAUGCUGUGCUAGAUUAUCUCGUUACGCGGUAUUACUAUGACAAUCCUUGUCAAUACACCCCGGCCAUUCUAACGGAUCUCCGUUCGGCCAUGGUAAACAACGAGACCUUUGCUGUCAUGGCGGUCAAGAACCGUUUUCACCUCUACUUGAAGCAUCUUUCCUUGUCUUUAAACGUGAUUCUGGAUCGAUUCGUUCGAUCACAAGAAGAAAACGGACAUCUGCUGAUGCAUAAUUAUUUUGUUCUUGAAGAAACCGGUGAGCCUCACCAAUCCCUGGCCAGCAAUAUUGACGUUCCUAAAGUGUUGGGCGACAUUUUCGAGUCGGUGGCAGGUGCCAUAUUUGUCGAUUCCGGCAUGUCGCUCGAUGCGGUGUGGAAAUCUUACCUGCCCUUUUUACACGACGCAUUGGAAAAAUUCAAUGAGAAGAUUCCCAUUUCUGCCCUGCGAGUACUUCAUGAGCGCUACCCUAACGCCCUCAAAUUCAGGAAAUCGGAAAGUCUUGCCGAUGGGAGAUUGUGCGUGGCGAUAGAAAUCCAAGGGACGCGUGUGUUUAAGGGCGCUGGCGGUAAUUCGAAAACAGCUAAAAGCGCUGCUGCCAAAUACGCACUGAGCGUUCUCAACAAACAGGACGACAAUCAAGUUGAAGAAUGCUGAAGCUUGUGUAUGUGAUUUGUUUAUCUUCCAGUCAAGAAGCUACUUCUACUUAUUUGUGAGUUUAAUUUAAUUCAUGCUCAAACACAAAUUUUUGUGGAAUUUUUAACUGGCUGCCUUUAAAAUACUUUUCAAUGCCACGUGAACAAAGUUUUUUUCACAUUGUUGCGUAUGAGAAAUACGGAUUAUAAUUGUUUUUGUUUUGGUGAGAUAAAAUCUAUUGUCUACACCAAUUUUGCCUGCCGAUAUUUGUUAAAAAUUCAAGUCUUAACUGUUCAAUUAUUAUUGAUAAUUAAAGUUGAAACUCCUUUCAAAGGGCCAAUCCCUCAUCCAUUUACGAGAAAUUCUUUUUUGGGUCGUGACGAAUUAUCGUUUUGAAUUGUUACAACCGUUGUGGCCAAAACGGCCUUGUUGGUUGCGUGAAAAGUCAAUUGGGAAAUCAGACUGGCUGCUCUUUGAAACCCAUUUGGAAUUUGUCAUCCCAUAAAUGUUACUUACCAAGGCGAAAUAAAUCAGGAAGAUGUAUUACAGAAAGUAAUAUAAAAGGCACGAAGACAAAUAAUAUACAGGUAAUGAAUAUGAAAAUAAUAAAACGGUAUAGGAAUCGAAAUUAUGCAAUUAACGGUAGUAAUAACCGAAAGAGAGGGGGAAAACAAAAUUAUAUGGUUCUAAUUUCUCCAUUACUAAACUACUUAUUUGUGAUAUAAUAAGCUUGUUUGAUCCGGAAAUGUGAAUGGUAAUAUAAAUCACGCUAUAGAGUCGUACCAUUUUUAGAUAUUGUGUG